AUGGAGCGCGGCAGCCCGGGGCCCCCUGGAAGCGCGGGCCCGGGCCCGCCGCCGGCCUGGGCGCAGGUGCUGCUGUCGGGCGUGUACGCGCUGGCGCUGGCGCUGGGCGCGGCGGGCAAUGCGCUGUCCGCGCGCGUGGUGCUGAAGGCGGGCGCGGGGCGCGCUGGGCGGCUGCGCCUGCACGUGCUGAGCCUGGCGCUCGCGGCGCUGCUGCUGCUGCUGGUCGGCGUGCCCGUGGAGCUCUGGCACGGCGUGUGGGCCCGCGAGCCCUGGGCCCUGGGCGACCUGGGCUGCCGCGGCUACCACGUGCUGCGCGAGCUGGGCGCCGCCGCCUCGGUGCUGGGCCUGGCGGGCCUGAGCGCCGAGCGCUGCCUGGCCGUGUGCCAGCCCCUGCGCGCCCGCCGCCUGCUCACGCCGCGCCGCUCCCGGCGCCUGCUCUCGCUGCUCUGGGCCGCCUCGCUCGGCCUCGCCCUGCCCGCCGCCGCCAUCGUGGGGCAGAGGCACGAGCUGCAGGCCGCCCCCGACGGCGGGGAGCCCCGGCCCGGGCCCCAGCCCGCCCCGCGCGUCUGCACCGUGCUGGCCAGCCGCGCCGCGCUCCGCGCCUACGUCCAGGUGAACGUGCUGGUAUCCUUCGUGCUCCCUCUGGCACUAACGGCUCUCCUGAACGGGGUCACCGUGAGCCACCUGAUGGCACUCUACUCUCAGGUGCCCUCGUCUUCGGCCCCCAGCAACUCCAUCCCCAGCCACCUGGAGCUUCUGAAUGAGGAGGGCCUCCUGAGCUUCAUCGCCUGGAGGAAGACCCUGGGGGGUCAGGCCGGCCUGCUGAGACACAAGGACGCCAGCCAGAUCCGCCGCCUUCAGAACAGCAUCCGGGUUCUCAGAGCCAUCGUGGCCGUCUACGUCGUCUGCUGGCUGCCGUACCACGCCCGCAGGCUCGUGUACUGCUACGUCUCUGAUGAUGGAUGGAGUGACGCGCUCCACGAUUUCUACCACUACUUCCACAUGGUGAGCAACGCCCUCUUCUACGUCAGCCCGGCGGUCACCCCCCUGCUGUACAACGCCAUGUCCCCCUCCUUCAGGAAGCUCUUUCUGGAAGGCCUCUGGUCCCUGUGUGGCAAACACCGCCCCCGAUGCCGUUAUCCCCGCAAGCCUCGGAGUCCCACCCUAGUGGAUGCAGCAUCAAGGAGUGGGAAGCCCCCUCAAGUUGGCCUGGCUGCUUGUCUGGGCGAGACCAGGAGCAGUGGAGAGUCCACUGCAUCAGGGUCUCAGGACCCUGACGCCAUCAACGUGCGUGUCCCUUCCAGGAAGCUCUGGCCGGACUGUGAAAGACAGAGCCACUGCUGCUCACCGCAGUCAGGCUCUCGUGGCUGCUUCAACCAAGUCUCACCCACUGCACGGCUGAAAGCAAUCCCCGUUAUUCUGUCACAAUCCCAGAGGCUCCGAAUCUGA